AAAGAAUGGUUUAAAAUUAGGAUUAUAUAAACGAUAAAAUGUCACUUUCUUCUAUAUAAAUGCAUGUUUCGUGUUACGAGUAUGUAGACUGUUUUGAAUCGACACUUGGAGACAGAUCGUUGAAGACUGUAUGACUGCAUGUUUUUAAUAUCCAGCUAGUUUUAGUUCAAUUUUCCACUUUGGAAUUAGAAGUAAACAAUUAGAAGUAACCAGCAGUAUUUAACCAUUUUUUUUCUUAAAAGUGACAUUUAUUUUUGGAUCACUGUGUCGACCGGUUUGAUAACGGAACCUCCAGUUCCGUCACGACCAGACACGAUGUCUGUUUUUCCGAGUAUAUCUCUGCAGCCGGAAGUGACCGAAUACCUGCAGAGAGUGUUCCUAAACACCGAGGUGUUGGCCGCGGUGGGUCGUCAGGAGGCCGGGGACCGUUUCCACAGGCUGCUCGCAUGUCUUUCCCACCCCCCCUCCUACACCUGUGUUCGGGCCAACACUCACGUGGCCUCGGUGGAGGAGAUCAGACGGAAGUUAGGAGAGGAGCUGAGAAAGCAGCAGCAUGUGUGCAGCUCAUCUGCAGAGGGCGUCGCCCAUCAGAUCCUGCUUCACCCCAGAAUUCCAGAUGUGCUGCUGCUUCCUGUCCACGGGCCGAGGCCUGUGAAGCAGCUCAGCUCUGAGGUGGUGGUGGGGGCUCAGUGUGGCAGUGCCGUACUGAGAGGAGCUCACGUCUUUGCACCAGGAAUCCUGUCCUGCCCCAAGAAUAUGAAAGCUGGAGAUGUGGUUUCUGUUUUCUCCGACCUGGAGGGGAAGUGCACGCGAGGAGCCACCAGCUUCCAGGGAAAGACGGUGUUUGUGGGAAAUGGAGUGGCUGAUCUGGACCGUUCCAGCAUCUUCAACAAAGAACAAACAGUCAAAGGAGUGGGCGUUCGGAUGCUGGAGCCACUUUACCAGAGUCCAUCCUUCGAUGGCGUUCUUCCCGGUCUGACCUUCCUGCAGAACCUUCCAUCUGUGGUCGUGGGACACGUCCUGGGGCCUCGCCCUGGAGAACGGAUCCUGGACAUGUGUGCUGCUCCAGGUGGGAAGACCUGUCACAUCGCCGCCCUCAUGGGCGAUCAGGGAGAGGUCGUCGCCCUGGACAAGAUCAAGAAUAAGAUCCAUCGAAUCUCCCAGAAUGCACAGAUGCUGCAUUUACGUAGCAUCAAAGCGUAUUGUUUCAACAGCAGCCAGGCUGUGAGCGGCCACAUUGACCUGAACCCUGACCCAGGACCUGGACCCGGACCUGGACCUGGACCAGGACCAGGACCUCCCUUCCCCCCUGAGAGCUUUGACCGGGUUUUGUUGGACGCCCCCUGCAGUGGUCUGGGACAGAGACCCCACAUGGCCUGUACCUGGAGCCUGAAGGAGAUCUGUUCCUAUCAGCCUCUGCAGCGCAAGUUGUUUCACGCCGCAGUGCAGCUGCUGAAGAAAGGUGGAGUCCUGGUGUACAGCACCUGCACGGUGACUCUAGCAGAGAACGAGGAGCAGGUGGCCUGGGCCCUGAGCACCUUCCCCUGCCUCACCCUGCAGCCACAGGAACCUCAUAUUGGUGGAGAAGGAAUGCCCGGUGCCGGCCUUCCCCUGGAGCAGCUGCGCCUCCUCCAGAGGUUUAGUCCCGAGCUGACCUGGGACCAGGCGGAGACCACGGAGGCCCCCCCGUGCUGCAGAGCGGACGAGGACACCAUCGGGUUUUUUAUUGCCAAGUUUCAGAAAAAGUGACCAGAAGAGUGACAUUGGUGAUUAUCUCGUUAGGCUUGGUGUGCACUGACGGCUCGACCGCAGCAUCUGCCCGGCGACAGCUGCUCCCAGAGACAGCAGGCCAUAUAGGGAUAAGCUUUAUAAACACAGGGAGGGAGGGGGGGAGGGAUGAAGAGUGAAUGAGCAUCGGCAAAUGCAGCAGUGCUGGUGUCACCAUGGCAACGGUGACGGCACGGCUGCCAUGGCGACGGUGGAUUCACGCGACUCUGAGAGGGCGGAGCAGGAAGAGACCAUGAGAGCUACCAAGAAUUCAGCGUUUGGGACUCUCUAAUUGGUCCGUCCGCUGCCUGCACGACAGAACAAGUUGAUGAUGAUGAUGAUGAUGACGACAGUGAUGAUGAUGAUGGAUUACUGCAGUCACUGCAGGGAUAUUUCAGUUCUUUUCAUCCACGACCAGCCGACGUUGACCUUGUGAAACUGACGAAACGUUGAUCAGAACUGCCCACCUGGGGCCCCCGCCCCCAAACUUUCUUCUCUUCUCUCCAUUCUUUCAGAAUGGCGCUGCUCAGUGUUUGUUUACAGUUCUUCAGAGGUCGACUGAUGUUUAAAUAUAUCUCCUCGUGCCUUUUCUUCUCCCCCUCUUCGCGGAGCCGACAUUAAAAUUCGGAGAUGAAAUCCACUGCAGCUCUGGCAGCUUGUUUAUCUUCUUCACAGGCGUCUGUGCGUGGAGGAGCAACUUCCCCUUUUUUUUUUCAGACGCUUCCCCUCAGUAUUGUCAUUUCUGUCGAUGUUGUCAUGAUGAUUCAGGAGGCACAGCGGAGAGAGACGACUUUCAGGGAAAUAUUUAUAGACGACACCCUCUGUCUGGUUCCUCUGACAAAAUACGCACGUCAGCUCCUCGUCCUCGGCAGGCACUUUGCCGACUUUAUUCUUUCUACGUGUGAAGAGCAGAACUCUCUGGACCUGUUUCACCCUCCACUUUCAUUACCCCCAUAAAAUGAUACUUUGGCAGAAUUUAAAUGGACGAGCUUCAACUGCGCUUCUGGAGCUCACGCUCUCCGUAACUUCAGUGCUGUAGGAAUACAGAAUAGAAAAGUGUCAGGUGAAAUAUUAGCAUUUUUGUUUUUAAAGAUAAAUCUGAGGAAUCGUUUGAAAUUGACCAAGUAGAGAUGAUUUAAAUCACAAUCCUUGUUCAAAAAUUGUUAUCAAAAAUAACCAAAAAAAAAAAAAAGCGAAACGAUAACGACAAACCAUCGCACCACAUCGAACUGAAGGAAAUUAAAAUUUGACCAAAAAAAGGCAAGGAGCUAAAAGUUUAGUAAAGCUAAAGAGAGCUUAAAAUGGAGAAAAGUAAUAAAAUAAAAUUAGAUACUUGUAAAAAGAUGUCAGAAGUAAAAGGUAGUUACUAACCUCAGAAAAUAUUUUUGUGAUAAGAAUUAAAAAGUACAUCAGACCAGGAAGAAAAAAAGUCAUAAAUAUUCAUAUGGAGAAAGAAAUAAAAUGCCAAUUAUCUUUUAAAAAAAGCCAGGAAGUUAUCUUAAAUAUUUAUCAAAAGGAAGACCAAAACUGAACCAGAAAAUAUUCAAAAGUUUGUCAGAAAAUCACUUUUAAAAAUGUCACUUUUUUUCCUCUGUUGUUCAGAAAAGAAACACAAUAGUCAGGAAACAGGAAACAGUGAGUGAAAAACAAAAGCUCUUGAACUCAAAGUCAGAUUUUCAGUAUCAUGGAUUUAAUACAUGAUGUCUGAAAAUGUGAGUUUAACAAAUGCUGCUGACUGAAGUUCAGGUGUUGAUGAUCAGAGUCAGAAAAACCUUCGCUCGUCUUCCAUCCGUUUCUGCACGUGAGGCACAAAUACUGAAAAUUAUUUAUCGUUUAUUUUUACGCAACAUUUGCAGUUUAACAAAUUCUGAUGUGGGAAAAAGAAAAAUCCAAAUGAUUUUUUUUAUACUAAAUAAUGUUCAUUAAAAAAGGGACCUAGAAUGAACCCUAAAACUUCCAUGGAUGUUCAGUCCUGGAUGCUGAGACGUUGUAUCAAAUCCCAGAACGACUUCAAACCAACCUUCGUGUAAAAACACAGAAUAAAAUGUUACAAAAAUGUUUCUGGACCGUACAAAGGGCACGGUACUGCACGUCAGAGAGGACGUCAUCCAUGAAACCUGUUUGUCUCGUAAGGCAUGACUAAGGUGCACCUCCCAGGAGAGAUAAACAUGUCUCAAACCAGAGGGGCGGGGGUUUGAAAAGGGACAGAAAAAAA